GCGGGUUGUUACGUACUGUAUAGCGAAUAUUAUUAUUGGCAUUAUUUCCUACGUACUGAUACGAGAACUAUGCUCUAUUCUAUACAGACCAGAAAAUGCAAGAGACAUCAGAGAUUCUAAAUUUCUAUCAUUCAAAAAAUGUAUUCGUCACCGGCGGAACGGGAUUUUUGGGUAAGGUUCUUAUAGAAAAGCUACUGAGAUCCACUGAAGUGUCCAAUAUUUAUCUACUUAUUCGACCGAAAAAGGAAAAGGACGUCUACAGAAGACUAGAAGAACUUUUUGAGUGUGAGAUAUUCGACAGGAUAAAGAAAGAACAACCAAAAUUCGAACACAGAAUCAAAGUUAUACCUGGCGAUUGCUCACAUUCCGGACUCGGGCUAAGCAUAACCGAUAGACAAAUCAUAACGUCUGAUGUUAAUGUUAUAUUUCACGUGGCAGCUACGGUGAAAUUUGAUGAAAACUUAAAGAGAGCGUUCAACACAAACGUAAAUGGUGCUAAAAACGUAUUGGAGAUCGCAAAGCAUAUGAAAAGACUGAAGGCUUUAAUUCAUGUCUCCACUUUGUACUCAAAUUGCUACUUAGAAGAAAUAGAUGAAGUCUUUUACAAAUGUCCUCAUUCAUACGAUCAUGUGGGUGCUACAUUAGAAAAAAUGAACGAAUUUGAAGCUGGCGAGCUGACACCAAGGAUUAUUGGAAGGUGGCCAAAUACCUACACUUUCACAAAAGCAUUGGCGGAGAAUGUCAUAAAAGACUCAGCUGGGACACUUCCUGUUGGAAUUUUCAGACCAGCAGUAGUCGUAUCCACAUACAAUGAGCCAAUACCAGGAUGGACAGACCACAUGAAUGGACCAGCUGGUGUAGCAGCAGCAGCCGUCUCAGGUGUUAUGAGGGUGAUAAUGUGCGGAUCGAAGGACGUGGCAGAUCUGGUCCCUGUGGACACUUGCGUUGCAGGUCUUGUUGCUACUGCCUGGGAUGUCGCUCAGAAUCAUAAAAAGGCCGACCAAACGAUUCCUAUCUACAACUACGUAUCUUCGACAGAGAACCCAAUCAUGUGGAGAGAAUUCUCAGAGUACAUUUUGGUGUAUGGUCAAGACUUCCCAGUACGUAAUGCUUUAUGGUCGGCAUUCAUGAUAAUGACCAAGAACCCCAUUGUGUACUUCCUGCUAAAGUCGGUACUUCAUGUUGUACCUGGAUUGCUUGUAGAUGGUGGAAGAAUAAUUUUCGGGAAAAAGCCAAAGAUGAUGAAGAUCUAUAAGAAAGUCCAUAGACUCUCGGAUACAAUCUCAUUCUUCUUGACACACACAUGGAAAGUGUCAAACGAUAAUACGGCAAACCUUUGGUGCAAAUUGAACCAACGUGACAAAGAUUUGUUUCCUAUGAGCGUGAGAACGGUACACUGGUUGACAUUCUUUAGGAACUAUAUCAAAGGAGUCAGAAAAUAUCUACUGAAAGAUCCUGAUAGUACACUGCAAAAGGCACGGAAGAGGAAUAGUUUUUUGAACCUGAUGAACGCCGUCUCAAAACUACUCUUGAUGUUCUUCCUGGGAAAUGCCGUAUCUUGGAUUUUCUUUAUAUUAUAUCGUAAACUAUUUUAGAUUACACUAUGUAUGACUCAA